UCAACACUUUAAGUGUGGAAUAUUAACUACUAAGGAGUACUUAUUAUUUUAUUACAUGACAGAGCUGAAAAUAGUUUCACAUCUUCAGAACAGAUCAUAGCAUUUUGAUGUGCAUGGAUAUAUACAGGCUUAAUAGAUUAAACUGAAAUAAUUAGUGAUAACUUUUAAUUUAGGAAUUACUAUUACUCAAGCUAUCAGUUGGACUUAAUGUUAAUUUAUCAAAAUAGAUUAAAAUGUAUACUGACCUGUGGAUUAUAAUCUCUAUCAUCUGUGUUAUACUUAGUGCUAAUGUCUACUCAUACAACCACAUAGCUGUCCAAGGUUCCGGAUGUGCUGAUGGAUCAAGAAUAGGACUAUAUGGACAUGACAAUAUUGUUACGUGUCAAGGACAAUGGAAAGGACAUAUAAACAACAGUAGUCAUUUAUGUGCUGCUGGAUGGAAAGUGUGUUCGUAUGAAGACGUGGAUUUACUUGGAACUAUUUCCUGGGAGGAAGCUAUAUCUGUGGAGGGAUGUUAUAGUAUGAAUGCUGCACAAGAUGGUGGGAAAUGUCAGAAAUGUGCUGAAGAUUAUGGUCAGGAUGAUAUGGCUGGUAUUGGUAGAGGAUGUCCACAUCAGAACUUUGGUCAAACAUCCUGUAUUCGUGGAGGACGAAUAGAUUCUAGUUGUUGUGUAGACUCACAUUUCCAGCAAGCUUGUCAUUAUAAACCUAACAUACAUGGUGUUGUAUGCUGUAAACUCCCAAGCAGAAAGCCCAAAAUAGUUGUUAAACCAAAAGCUAAAAUAGAAGUAAAUACUGGUUUAAUUUUCCUGUUAACCUGCCAAGCUACUGGCACACCUGCUCCUAGAGUUCAGUGGUAUAAGGAUGGUACUCAGAUUCCUGACACAAACAACAGAAUACAAACAUUACCUUCAGGUGACUUAUUAGUAACAUUAGCCAAGAAAUCUGAUACCGGUUUAUAUAGUUGUGAAGUCAUCAAUACAGAAGGAUUAGAUAUGGCUAGCUCUCAAGUCAUAGUUAGAGAAUACAGUUCAGGAUGUAAAGACGGGACAACAGAAGGAUUAGAUUUACAUAGAGAUGUACAUGCUUGUUCUGGGAAGUGGGAAGGACAUGUAAGAAAGGGGAAAUCACUCUGUAAGAAAGGUUGGAGAGUAUGUAACCCUACAGACAGAGAGGUUUUACACGAGUUAACAUGGCUAGAUAUGUUAGAUUUACAGGGAUGUUAUGCCUAUAAUGCUGCAAUGAGGAAAGGACAAUGUAAAAAAUGUAGGGAAAGAAAUAUGGCAGGUUUUGGUAGAAAUUGUGGUAAAUUAAGAUACCAACGUAAAAGACAAUCAUGUUUAGCUACAGGAAGAGUUGAUGUUUUUAAAAAGUCAGAAUCUUCAUCAGGUUGCUUCUAUAAAGAAGGUGUUACUUCUGGUGUACUGUGCUGUAAAAGGAAAACUAGAAAAUCUAAGAAGAAGCCAUCUGCUGUAUGCUUGUCUAAAUGUUUGAAUGGUGGUAAAUGUAUGGGACAUAACUAUUGUCAAUGUCCUAGUGGCUACAAAGGAGCAGUUUGUCAAAUACCUAUAUGCAAAUAUGGUUGUGGAGAUUUCGGCGAAUGCAUAAAGCCAGGAGUAUGUCAAUGUAAAGAUGGUUUUACUGGUAAAAACUGUCAUAGAAAAGUUUGUAAACAAACAUGUCUUAAUGGAGGCAGAUGUGUGAAGCAUAAAUGUCGAUGUUCUUCAGGGUUUGAUGGACGACAUUGUCAAAGAAAAUCAAUAGUUUUAACAAAAUUGAAUAGAACAGAGCGAUGACAACUUCCAACUGAAACACAAACUCCAAACACUGCCAAGUUGUGAUGAUAUUCUGUGAUUGUAAAAACAGUGAAUGAAUUUUGCAUAAUAAACUUGUUUUGGUGCCAUGACCCAAGGAUGCCAUUCAGUUCUACAGAAAAUGACUGAACAAAACUACCGGUACAGCUGUAUAGAAACUAAGAUAGAGGAGAUUUAGAUUCGAAAUUGAAACAAUAUUUUGUUAGUGACAUUACAAAAACUCAGUAUACCAAAAAUAAAGCCGCUCCAUAUAUUGUCAAUAAUCAAAAACUUGCCAUUUCCAUACUACAAUGUAGUGAUUUAUAAUGAACUACUAUGAGUGAAAGUAUGUUACUUCAAGGAUGGCAUGUAGUGGCUAUUGAAUUCCAUCAUUAAUAUUGCUUUUGGUAACAUGUUUUGUAUUUUUGCUAUUUAUCACAAAACCUACAAAAUUGGUAAAAACAAAUAUUAGUAUCACUUUGUAUACAUAAUUCUAAUAUUUUCUUAUAACUCUUUUGAUUGAAAUAAUAUUAUGAUGUCCUGAAAAUUGUUGCAUAGCUUUCCGUAUUGUUUGUUUUGUUGGUAAAUGUUAUUUAUAUAGUAGCUGGUUGUGAAAUCCAAUGUUAGCCUUUUUUUAAAAGUUGUAUUUAGUAGUACCAUUUCUGUUUUAAAGAAUGGUUCAGAAUACAUCCAAGUAACCAAUAUGACUUAGGCAUAAUAAGCAGAAUUAUUUUCCAAGAGUAGAGAGAGAAAAAGCUUGUAUAUUUCUCCAAAACUUAAUAAAAACUCUAUUGUGUCUAACUAAAAUAUACAAAUAAAUAGUUAUAUGAUAUCAUGGUAGAAACUGUGCAAUCAGAACAAGAGUAGAAAUGUAUUUGUCAGUAAUAAGCAUAGUAAUCACCUCUUUACUGAAAACUGGUGAUACAGGGUUUCAUUUUCCCCCUAUAACUGUAUGAUUCAUCCCCUAAUAAUAAGUGAAGAAAUUGUAACAUUGUAGUUUUUAUCAGUUCUAUAUUUGGUCUACUAGGAAGCACUGCACUUGAAAGUUAAGGAAAUAAAAUUUGUUGUGUUGUUAUAGAAUUUGUUAUAGAUGUUGUUUAUAUUAUUUUUUCAUCACAUUGUUGUCAUUCAUUUGUAAAUAAACAUUUUUUGUAUUUUAUUUGUUAUGUAAGUACAUUUGUAAAUUUGUAAAUUUGUAAAUACACCUAUUUAAACACCACAUGUACAAAUGUAUGUAAUUUUAGAAUCUGCAUUUUGUAAAAUAUUCUGAGUGUUCAUUUAGUUUUACUAAAAUAUUAUUUGUGCCAAAUUGUUUUUCCAAAAAUGCUAUCAAAUAAACUUUCACAAAAAUAUAAAGCCCUUUUUAUUGAAAAUAAUUGUUUGCUUCAAAUUCUUUAAUCUGAAACAUGGUAAUAUUUUUUCUUAGGUUCCAUAAGAAAACCUCAAAUGCACAAAUAGUGUAAAUAAAUCCUCAUUAUAAUUUUUUUUAUGGCAUCACACUGAAAAUUGUUAGAAGUUUUGUUUUUUUGGCAUUUAGAAGCAGAAAAAAUCUGGACUUUUUCAAAGCUUGCAUAAUAAACCUGAUUAAUGCAUUAAAGUGCUCACAUACAUUUUUAUUAGACCUUAGGAUUGUAAUGCUCAAGUGGAACUACCUCAAUAGUUUUUAAGGUUGUUAUGUUACAUGAUAGAAUUUUUAGACUUUCAGGAUUGUGGAUUGUAACUUGUAAAAUCUGCAAAAUCUGCAAAAUGAUUUUUUCAGUUUAGCCUUACUGUUGAAGUUUUGUCCAUAUUUUAAGCAAUAUACAGAAUGUUUACAGCCUCUUGAUAAAAAAUCUUCCUGUUUCACGAUAUAUUGACCUGACUUUAAGUUGAAAGGUCAUAUAAAAGGUUAGAUAUCAUGAUUUUUAACUGAAUAGUGUAAUUGUAUGGUAAAUUGCAAAUAAUUGGUCUAGAUAUUUAAUGAAGUUAGCAAAUUUAAUGUAGAAAUGGAAUUUCUCUUUAGGGACUUUUUAUUGAAUUAACAAAUUUUUAUGAUUUUAUCUUAUGGUAACAUAUUUUUUUUAAAUGUUUUCAUUGAUUCAAAAUUUUAAAACAUCUUUAUACCAUCUAACUUGAUAUUCAAAUAAGAAAUUUUUAUUAUAAUAUGAUUCCAAUUUGAUUUUAAACAUGAUUUUCAUAGCUCUUGUCAUUUCAAAUGUGUACAUGUUUUCUAUUUAAUAGAUUGCUGUUUGUAGUAAAGUACUAGUGGAGAAAAAAAUCAUGGACACAUAACAAAUUGAAUUUGAAACCCCAAUACUUGUGGUAGCAAAGGUUUAGAUACUUUUAAGUUUACUCAAACACAAUACAUAUGUCUGCUCAAAUGCAUCACAAAAAAAUAUAUAAUUAUGGUAAAGCACCUGCAUUUUAACAUACAUGUUAACCAGGAAUUGGCACUCUGAAAAUAGGUUACUCGUAUGUUAUUGAAGUUCAAAACAUGCAUCCAUAGUAAAGGAGAAGGUCCGGCAAGGGCUUAUUUUGGCCUAAAAUUUGAAGUACAUCUGAUGAAAGGUUUUUGACAUUUUAUAAACACUUAAGGUUCUACUUCAGUCGAUUCAGUUAGGUUUUGUAAAAUAUUUGAACUGAUUUGGUCUUUGAAGACGUUCAAAUUCAAGCUUAGAUAUGACAAAUCUAUCAAAUAUGCAACAAAACGUCACUUUUCAGAUGGUUUUUGUCUAAAAUGGAAGUGGCUGCAAUCGUAUUCAGUCUCAAUCUUUAUAUAUGUUAUGUAUUAUUAUCAAAUUCAACAUAUAUUUAAAUAUUAAGACUGAACACAAGUGCGGUCACUUCCAUUUUACACAAAAACCGUCUAAAAAUUAGCACAAAUUUUGAAAUUGUGAAGAUUUUAGUAAUUUUGUAUGAAUUAGUGAUGCUAGUACCUGAUGCAUGUGCAUUGUAUUGUCAAAAAACAGCCCAUAUUUAUGUAACAAAAGUAUUCUACUUUCCACUAAAUAGCUAUAAGUUUUCAUUUUUAACAAAUUUUUAAAAUGAUAUAUUUUGGGCCAAAAAGGGAUCUUACCGGGCCUACUCCUUUAAAUUGAAAUUUGUGAGUGCCAUUCUUUAGUGAAUAAUAUUUAAAUGGAAGUGUCGUUGCUUAAUAUUAUCUGCAUCCAAAUUUUGGUUUUUGAUGUGUUAACUUAUCAGAAUUGAUGUUACAAUAAACAAAACCUUUGAAUUUUACUUAUAAAACCUUUACCACUUACUCAAGAGAAAGUAUGAAUCUUGUUUGAAUUUUGAUGUUGAGAGUUAUUACAAUCCCUCUGUUCCCAUAACACCAAUAUCAAAAUAGUUUUGUGACUCUUAUUUCAGGACUAACUGAUGAUGAAAAAUAUAUAAAAGGUUUUUGCUUAAUUGCUUCUCUAGAAAUAAGCAAUUAUAUGCACAAAUAUCAACACUGUUAUAAUUGUUACUAUAAAGCAUAUCAAUAUAAGUUCUAAAAUAACUGGUAAUUCAUUGAGAUCAUUGUCAAAUUAUUUGUUGUAAAAUAAAAUGUUAGUCCCAAUUAAUAAUGCAUUUGUUGUAUAGAUUUCUACAUGUGUUUAUAUAUGUUGACAAUUGUUAUAUAUUUUUAUGAGAAAAAAGCCAGUGGUUACAAUAAAACAUAAUGUUACUUUGA